GCUUAGAACUCAUCUCAUCUUGCAAGAGUACACACUUCCAUAAAACACACACAAUGGUAGGCACAAAGCUAGUAGCCCUCGGCUAUGUUGUCCUCUUGAGCAUUGGACUGGCCAAUGCUGCAAGGGUGGUUAGAUUCGGCAGUGGAAGCGCCACGGGAACGGGGGCGGGAGGAGGAGAGGGUGGGGGAACUGUAAGUGGUGGUGGCUCGGGUGCUGGGAGUGGAACUGGGUCUGGCGUGAGUUCUAGUAGUGGUAGCCAUGCAAGCGGUGGAGGUGGAGGUGGCGGCGGAGGCGGUGGCCAAGAUGGUGGAACUGGAUAUGGUAGCGGGUCCGGCUCUGGCUCUGGUUCCAGUCAAUAUAGUCAAGGAUCUUCAUAUCCUUAUGGUGGUGGCUAUGGUGGAUAUACUAGCGCUGGUGGUGCCGGUGGUGGCGGUGGUAGAGGGAAAGCUAGUGGUUAUCAAGGAUCUAGUGGAUAUGGGGCUGGUAGUGGCACUGGUUCUGGCUCAGCUACAGCUACUAACAAUUGGUAUAGACAAGGUAGUACAAAUGCAGAUGCUGGUGGAAACGGUGGUGGCAAUGGAGGAGGAAGAAAUGGUGGGAGUGGUGCAGGCAAAGGUGCUGGAUCUGGGUAUGGCAAUGCCAACCCCUAGUCCCCUUCAUGUGAGGAAUCUAAAAAAAUGGAGCCCAACCUACUGUACUAUGUCAAAUUGAUAGCUUUGACUCUUUUUUUCAUUUAUUUGUUAUCAUCUUACAUAUUAUCAAAUAAGGGCUUCAUUGUUCUAGUGGAAAAUGUACUAGUGUUCGUGAUAUAUUCCAAGAAUGUUAAUUGUCAAUGUAUCACUAUUUAUAUGUAUUAAGUUAUAUACCAUCGGUUUGGCCAA